AUGCCUAAAUCAUCAUCUCAUCGUUAUUCAACAGAUAAAUCAUCACCAUUAUAUCUUCGUCCAAGAAAAUUAUUUAUUGAUGAUGACACUGGUGAUAACGAUUUAAAUAUAAGAAAUUCCAAAUCAUCAAAUCAUAUUAUAACAACAGCAUUAGCUCGUUUAACAACACGUACACCACCAUCAUCAUCACAUCAUACAGUUGUUAUACGAACAACAGUUCAACAAACACCAUUAUCCGCAAAUAGAAAAUUACAAAUGAUUGAUGUUAAUGUUUGUCAACAAGAUAAUCAUCUUUCCAUAAAACGUAUUAAACGACAAAGUGUAAAUAAUUGUUCACCAUUAUUUAGUAAAUCUACACCUGUACCAAUUCGUCGAGAAUGUAAUGUCAAUCCGUUUAUGACAUUAAAUUCAACAAAUGAUAAUAAACCACAAAAAAGAAAACGUUCAUCAUUAAAACAAAUAAUUUUUGAUGAAGAAAAUCUUGAAGAAAAUUAUCGUAGAAAAAAACGUUUAGCAUUAAAACAAUGUAAUGUUCAUCGUUUUAAUGAAGAAUUUCAUACUCAAUCAUUACUUGGUUCAGGUGAAUUUGGUAAUGUUUAUUUAUGUGUCAAUCGUUUGGAUGGUUGUGCAUAUGCAAUUAAAAAAUCGAAACGUCCUAUAGCUGGUAGUUCAUUUGAAAUGCUUGCUUGGAAAGAAGUUUGUGCUCAAGCUGUACUUAAACAUCCUAAUAUUCUUCAAUAUUACUCAGCAUGGGCGGAAGAUGAUCAUAUGUAUAUUCAAAGUGAAUUUUGUAAUGGAGGAAAUUUAUCUGAACGUAUACGUGAUAAUCAUCAUCGACAUUGUUAUAUGGAUGAAAAAACUUUACGAAAAAUCUUAUUACAUAUUGCAAAUGGUUUAACAUUUAUACAUUCAAAAAAUUUAGUUCAUUUAGAUAUUAAACCAGAUAAUAUAUUUAUAUCGAUAAAUGAAGAAUUAAUGGCGGAAAAAAAUAUUAUUUAUAAAAUUGGUGAUUUAGGACAUGUAACAGAUAUUUAUGAUCCAUUUGUUGAAGAAGGUGAUUCAAGAUAUUUAGCAAGAGAAGUUCUUCAACAAAAAUAUCAAUAUUUACCUAAAGCAGAUGUUUUUUCAUUGGCAUUGACAAUGUUUGUUGCGGGUACAAACAGUACGCUUCCUAAAAAUGGUGACGAAUGGGAUCGUAUACGUGAUGGAAAAUUACCACAAAUAAAACAUUGUUCAGAUGCAUUUAAUGAUUUACUUCUCACAAUGAUUAAACCUGAUGUUACUGAACGGCCAUCAUCAUCGGAUUUAGCUGAACAUCCAAUAGUAUCUCCAAUUGGUGAACGUAGUAAAAUUGAAUUAUUUGAUGAAUUACAAGAAGAACAAAGAAAAAAUUCUGUUUUAGCAAAAAAACUUUUGGAUUACAUGGUCUUAGCCAAUGAACUUGAACGUGUUUGUUCACAAAUCCGUGCUGUUGACAUGAAUAAAUCUUCUACAGAAUCAUCACCAUUACAACGUUCUAGUAGUGUUAGUGAUAUUCGAUUAACAUAA